GGUGCUGUGGAUUUGCAAGUGGAUGCUUCUUACAAGCUUUGACGCUUCGCUUCAAAAGGUCGACACGCUCGGAUUUUUCUUUUCUUUUGGUGUGUAAAUUCUAAAAAUGGUCACACUGGCACUUCACAGAUUGGGAUUUUUCUUUAUAUUGUUUUUGCCCAGUGAAUGCAGAGAAGACCGUGUCCAAAUUGGGAGUGGAGAAAAUGCCUUGCUAAAGUGCAUUCAUCGUCAGGAGGUGGAUUUACAGAAACUUGUUGUAUCAUGGCGUACUUCAACAGACCUCCCCAUUUAUAGGUACAGCAAUGGAAAAGAAGAAGCAGUAGACAGGAGAGCUAAACUUUCUACAGAUGACAUGAAACAAGGAAAUUUUUCUCUGACCCUUUCCAAUGUCACACCUGAGGAUUCUGGCCUCUAUGAAUGCUACGUGCGAAUAUCAAAUAAACAGAAGGGCGUCCAAAGCGUCAAUCUUUUGGUGGUUGAUUCAGUUAAACCAAAACCUUCAGAUGGAUCUUCAGCACAAAGCAGAACUGAGGACCUAAACAAUGGUGGGAUGACCCAUGUAAUGACUAUCACCUUGAUAUUUCCUGUAUUGCUUCUUAGUUGUCUUUCACAUCUAUAAAGAGCUUACUGAGGACUACAUGAAGUAAUUAUUCCACAUUUCAAGAAUGUUCUUGCUAUACAGCGUCUUAUGCUAUUGUGAAAUUCCUUGUAUAUUCUUUAAACCUGUUGACCUGCUCCAUACAUGGAAACAUGGCUGACCUGUUGCUUCAUGAACUCUAUGACAAGCCGUCUAGUUUUUUUUUUUUUCUGGCACAUCUCUGUUAACUGUCAUAUCAUCACUUGUGGUCUGGCCUAUGAUGGUUCAUGUCAUUGGCAAGUAUAAUGAUGGAGUUGGCAUUGCAACUGAGCACAGAGACACAUUGGGAGUCUCAGCACACUGCCCUGUGGGGAACCUGAUUUGAGGAUCUGCGUGGAGAAACUGGCAUUGCCAGUUUGCACAUGCUGGGGUCAAGGGCUGUGUGGUAUACCAUUACGGAAGAAGUAUCAAAAAGCAAUUUUUGAAAUGCUAUGGUUACCAGCAUUUUUAUUUUCUGUUCUGUUCUCACUCAGUUGUUUAUUAGUGAUCGGAACUCCAAACGAGAUCCACAUGUCUCCACCCCGCUCUUCUGCAAAAAUGUAUUAUGUAUAUUACAUUUAGCCUAAAUCACCAAGAAGAAGCUGCUGUUUGAAAGCAUAUUUUUAUAUAAAUGUGCUGGACACUCCAAAGAGUGACCACUCUCCUGUUAAUGAUUUGUGGCUUGCUGUAGGAAGGCCCACUUUUCCAGGAUGGGUGAAUGAAAUAGCUGUGAGAUGUGGUGGAUGGGAAGGUUGUCCAUUAUUUGCUUCCAAACCAUUUUGAUACUUUGUACAUGGGUCCAACAGUUGGCAUUGAUACCAAAAUCAAAAUUUUGGUACCGAUCCCUCAUUGCUGGGGUCUGCCAGCUAGUGAAUCCAAAAUCCAGUUGUCUAGGGUAGCACUAAGUUCCAGAUCUUGGCCUAACAGUGUCAGAUGGUCAGCUAUAGUCAAUAAACAAGACUCUGGCACAGCACUUCUCUUAUGUGACAGCGUGCUUUACAGUUUUCCUCCCAUAUAAAUGCAUGUCUGUCAUUGAUAGCAUCGCCAUUUUGAGUCCACAUCACUCCAAGUGAAUGUGAUGAUGUCUAAGACACCAUGCAGAUAAUCAUGUGACGCAACAGAAAUUGUAUUUGUCCUGCAGCCUGGAAAAAUGUGCAUCUCAGAUGAGGCCAAAGUGACCAAAGAAGUGGACAGUAAGUGAACAGGACACUCUUCAUGCCACCUUGUAGACUUUAAUGAUGAUAAUCUGGCCAUAAUAUAUGUACUGUAUGGUUGCUUGGAUCCACGUGAGUGAAGCAGACUGAUAGGCUUUAUAGGCUGAGUUGAAUUGUCAGUGUGGCCCUGCUUGUAUUACCGAUUUGUCCAUAACAGGGCCAUCUCUGCCUUCUGAAGCGCACGCUACAUGUAUUCAUUUAUGUCUCAGUGUUAGCCUGAUGCACUUGCUAUAACACUUUGAUUGAGCACUACUGCAUUUUUAAAUUCAAAUGUGUUGUCACCUGCACCAUGUACAGUGCAGUUUGUAUUUGUUAACAUGCAACAUACUACAAACAGUCUUUACCUCAUCUAAGUCUAUUUACCAUCUUGUCUUCACCACCACCCAUUGCCGCCUCCUUAUCUUCUCCGGCCCUGCCGUUGCUUUAAUAUGUGUAGAAAUGUUGAUAAGAAUAUCACACAAACCAAACAUGCAGACACUCUUACUUUUCUAAAUGAACUUUGUCGUUGGGUCAAUGAAGGAAAAAAAUAAAAAGGUUGGGGAGGUGUUCCAAAAUUCUUCAUGUGACCCCAGCCCCCCUUAGUGAUUAGCAAAGUCAGGAAAGCUAUUCCAUUAUAAGCUAAGGCCUUGGCGUGAAACAGUCAGCAGAAGCUCUGAGAGCUGUUAGGUGGAGCAGAGUGUCUGAUCCGAGGCAUUAGCUCAUUCAUGCCAGCCUUAGUUAUGAGGAAGAGUGACAUUUAAUUUUAUUCCUGUAAAAUGUUACUGUUGUCUUAAGGUAUUCCAGAAUGGAAAAUCCAUUCAGGCAAUUUCCAAGAUAAAUUUAUAAGGUAUGCCACCUUGAAUGAUGCUUUAUUGUAUUUUUUUUUUAAGAGCAAAGUGACUAUUUUAAUAUCAAACAACAUUUUUGUUAAUACUAUGGCACUUUUAUUUAUAAAUAUUUAAGUUUUGUGGCAGUAUUUAUUUACAGUAAAUGUAUCAUCAUAUACUAUAUGGCUAAAAGUUUGUGUGCAUCUGACCAUCACACCUCUGUGAGCUUGUUGGACAUUGUCAUUCCAAAACCGUGGGCACUAGUAUGGAGUUGGCUCCACCUUUGUGGCCAUAAUAGCCUCCACUCUCCUUUCCAUAAGAUUGUAGAGUGUGAGUGUGGGAAGCUUUUCCCAUUUUGUGGGGUCAAGUACUCAGGCUCUGCUUAGACCACUUGAGUUCCUCCAUAUCUUUGUGGAGCACAGGAGCAUAUUGGAAUACAAAGGGUCCUUCACCAAACCAAAGUGCACAACUGUCUAAAAUGUCCACUGUAGUAUUGACAGGACUCGGCACUGGGACCAAGGGGCUGAGCCCAAGCCUGCCAUUAUCUGUCCUCCACCAAACUGUAGAGUAUGCACUAUGAAGGCAGCCUUCUCCUGGCAUCUGCCAAACCCAUAUUCACCCAUCAGUCAGUGAAACGUGAUUCAUCACUUUUGAUAACACAUUUGCACUACUCCAGGAUCCAGUGGCGGCAUGCUUUUAUACCACUGCAGCCGACCCUUGACAUUGUACGUAGCAAUUUUAGGGUCAGCCAUGAAAAUCCGUUUCAUGAAACUCCUCAUGCCCCAUUCUUGUGUUGAUAUCGAGGCUCUUUGGCAUUCUGUUGUGAGUGAUGUCCAAGAGAAGAUGCCAUUUUUGCACUCUUCAUCACUCAGUUGUCUCCGCUCUGUAAGUUUUCAUGGUCUAUUACUUCCUACAAGAGAUAUUGUCACUCCUCAAUCCUUCUACUUCACCAUAAUAGCAUUCACAGUUGACCAGGGCAGAUCUAGCAGAGCAUAAAUUUCACGUCUUAACUUGUGGCAAUGUUGGCACUGAGCUCUUCAGUCUGUCAGUGGAGGUUGCAUGGCUGUGUGCUUCGUUUGCUUCACCUGUUAACAAUGAAACAUCUGAUCUCAAACUGUUUUGGGUUGGCUGUCCACAGACUUUUGGCCAUGUAUGUUUCUAAGAAUAUAGCGUAACUUUUUGUAUUUGUCUUUGUAUUGUAUUUAACUUUCAGAAUUCCAUCAUUUUUAUAGCAUUCCAGUUUUCUCAUCUUUACAGUGGCUGUGUGUUUAAAUAGAAAUAACAACAACAAAAAAAAAAAGAUUCAAUCCAACACCCUGCUUCUUGUUGAUAAAUGUAUUAACCUGAGUGACCCCGUAGACCCCCAGGACCUCCACAUCACACAUUCUGUACCUUCAGAGUUUCCCUUCACUCUGAAUCAUCCUGUCAGACGAAGCUGUGGGGUCCGUCUAUGAGACAGACGUCCAGAGUCUGUCAGAGCCCCCGCCACAUUGACUACUCUUAAUAGAAGAAUUCUUUGUCAUUGUGCCUCUGUUCACAUAUUGUCAUUGGCAGCCAUUGUUAGAUGGAUUAUAAAUAAAUACAUUUUUAAUUUG